CUAACGGGGGGAUGUCUCCUCCUCUAUGUAUAGCCAGAGCUAUUGUGCGACACCCUUUGCUGCUGGAUACAUGGAGCUCCAUUUACGCGCUCCACUCCUAGCGGUGGUUUCGCGUUACUGAGUAAUAACACCCUACAGAGACACACAACCGAGUGUGAUAGAGAGAGGGAAAGGCAGGAAAGGGAGAGAGGGGAGAUGAGCGUCUAGUUCCAAUGAAACAUCAAGCAGUGUGACGAUGACAGCGAAAGGCAGACAUAAAGCGGUCCCCUUCCCCCUGGCCCACCGGCUCACCAUGAAGGAGGUGUUCGACGCCGAGGGCCGGCCGCGGGUGGACCUGCUCAAAGCUCACCUCACCAAGGAGGGCCGACUAGAGGAGGCUGUGGCCCUGCGCAUCAUCGAUGAGGGCGCCGCCAUCCUGCGCCAGGAGCGCACCAUGUUGGAUAUUGAGGCGCCAGUCACGGUGUGUGGAGACAUCCACGGCCAGUUCUUCGACCUGAUGAAGCUGUUUGAAGUGGGAGGUUCUCCUGCCAACACGCGCUACCUCUUCCUGGGGGACUAUGUGGACAGGGGCUACUUCAGUAUCGAGUGUGUGUUAUACCUAUGGUCACUGAAAAUCCUCUACCCAAAGACGCUCUUUCUUCUACGGGGAAAUCAUGAAUGUAGACAUCUGACAGAAUAUUUCACCUUCAAACAAGAAUGUAAGAUCAAGUACUCGGAGCAGGUGUACGACUCCUGCAUGGAGGCGUUUGAUUGCCUGCCCCUGGCGGCCCUGAUGAACCAGCAGUUCCUGUGUGUGCAUGGUGGGCUUUCACCAGAGAUCCACACGCUGGACGACAUCAAGAAGUUGGACCGAUUCAAGGAGCCCCCGGCAUUUGGGCCCAUGUGCGACCUGCUGUGGGCGGACCCCCUGGAAGACUUUGGCAACGAGAAGACUCAGGAGUACUUUGGCCACAACACAGUGAGAGGCUGCUCCUAUUUCUACAGUUACCCGGCAGUGUGUGAGUUCCUACAGACCAACAACCUGCUGUCAAUCAUCAGAGCGCAUGAAGCACAGGAUGCUGGGUAUCGUAUGUACAGGAAGAGUCAGACUACAGGCUUCCCCUCUCUCAUCACAAUCUUCUCUGCUCCAAACUACCUGGAUGUCUACAACAACAAAGCGGCGGUGCUGAAGUAUGAGAACAACGUGAUGAACAUCCGUCAGUUCAACUGCUCUCCUCACCCCUACUGGCUGCCCAACUUCAUGGACGUCUUCACCUGGUCGCUGCCUUUCGUGGGAGAGAAGGUGACUGAAAUGCUGGUCAACGUCCUAAGUAUCUGCUCGGACGACGAACUCAUGAACGACGGAGAGGAGAUCUUUGAUGCCAGUGCAGCAGCAGCUAGGAAAGAGGUGAUCAAAAACAAGAUCCGAGCCAUCGGGAAGAUGGCUAAAAUGUUCUCUGUUCUACGGGAGGAGAGUGAGAACGUGUUGACCCUGAAGGGACUGACUCCUACUGGCAUGCUGCCCAGCGGCGUGCUCUCUGGGGGUAAACAAACCCUGCAGAGCGCUACCAUUGAGGCCAUUGAAGCCAUCGAGACAGUUAAGGACGCUGAAGCCAUCCGAGGCUUCUCUCCGCAGCACCGGAUCAGUAGUUUCGAGGAGGCUAAAGGUCUGGAUCGGAUCAACGAGAGGAUGCCUCCGCGACGCGACGCCGUCAACAGCGUGGGGCUGUCGAUGGGCCGCAUGAACAUGGGGGAGCCCAACGGGACCGACAGCAACAGCAAUAUACAGUGAUGGACACACUCUCUCACAGACACACACCUGCAGAUACAACAACUCUGAUAUGGUACCCGACUUAUAGAUAUGUGUACAUAGGCAUAUAGAUAAAAGCACCACACACACACACACACACACACACGAACGCACACACACACGCACACACAAACACAUAGUAUAACAUAUAGGCUACAGAUAACGCACACACACACACACACACACACACACACACACACACACACACACACACACACACACACACACACACACACACACACACACACACACGAUUAACUACCCCAUUCCUGUUGCCCUCAGCUGAAUCUAAAGGCAUGAGCGUACCUGGACUUUACCACCAAAAGGCUGAGUCUCGUCACUGAACUGAUCGGUCCUAUUUAAAGAACUACAACUCCCAUGUACCUGCACAACAACAAGGAAAGAAACUACAAAAACACUCCCCAUGCGUAACAGGAGGAGCUGCAGUGCACCUUGUGCGUUGGUGACCACCAGGGGAUUGACAGUGUCAGCAUGACGUGCGUUGUGUCGGUGGUGUGUCUGCCUUCGUGCCUGCACAUGCUUCAACAUGUAACUUUCCGUGUGGUAAUAUUUGAAAAAGUGUGUUAUGGUUCACAAACACAUGGUGUGGUAUCUGGGGCUGAGAGAUGUGUGGAGAGAAUCUCAGUAGCAGUUUAAUCUGAGCCCUUAAACGUCCUUUUUUUUCUUCUCGGGAGGAGAUUCCCGUUUGCUUUUGUAGCACUACACCGUACUCUUCCAACCCCACCCCAAAAAAAAAACCUCUGGUCCCAGGCUAGUUCCCAUGGCCUGGAUCAGAUUUGAAGGAAGUAUUUCUCCCCACCGGUUGCGUGUACAUAUAGGUAACAUAAAAAGGUUCUAUCGCACAUGUGAUGCAUACAGUCACAAGAAGCAAGAUGCAGUAUAGCGGACGUAGGAUGCUUUAUAUAUGACCCGGGGGAGCUGAAAUGUGAAGUCAUUCUCUAUUCAUUCUCUUUCUACAUCCUCCUUUCUUCCCGGAAUGCUGUCUGAUACCAAACAGCACUGAUGGCUGGGAAUCUCUGGCCUAACAAGCAGGAAAUAAUAUUUCACAGAGGUAAAAAGACUCUUGGUUACAAGAAGAAGUCAGAAAAGGUCUUUGUUAAGCAUUUAUAUUAACGCAUCAGUGCAUGCAGAGUUAAGUUCUUUGAUAAUAAUGUGAAGAUUAUAUUUGUGCUCUGUGUUUCACUAUGGUAGGAUCUUUUUUUUUUUUGGCUAAUUUAAAUGAACUGAGGAGUAAUGAAUAACUAAUUUUGUACAUAACGUUAAUUUUGUAUUCAUUUUGCGUUAUAUUUUACUUUCAUGUUUUCUUUUUUCACGACCUAUGUUGUUUUCUUUUUCGAUGCUGUACAGAAUGACGGUACGCUUCUAUUCAGGUGUCAAGUCCACGUUCUCUCCUCUCUUCUUUGUCGGUGUACAGGAGUUGUUUUUAACAUUAAAUAUGAAUAAACAAAUAUUAAACUAGCAUUGAUGAAUGACCAUACUAUAUACAGAGGCACAGGCAUUCAGGCAGCCCAAAGCAUGAUGCAUGGUUAAAAGUUUUCGCUGUUUUCAAGCAAAAAAAGCAGCAGGACACAUUUUAACAGAAGAGCCGGUGUGUUGCCGUCACAAUUUAAAGGAAAAAAGUGUACUCUCUCUCUCUCUCUGAUUAUGACUCUUGAUGAUUCCUCUUGUUAUUUAAUGAUAUUUAUGAUUCUAUGAUUAUUAUGAUUCUAUUUAUUAUGGACAUUAUUCUUAAUAUUUAAGCUCUCUCUCUCUCUCUCUCUCGCUCUCUCUCUCUCUCUCUCUGCUGGUUGCUCUUCAUGUUGCGUUGCUCCUUGGUUGAUCUUGUUGUGCUUCUUUGGGAAAGGUGAACCCCCCCUGGGAGACCCUGUGCCAUAGUUAUUGUGCCACGGUACUUACUUUCUCUCUUUCUCGUUCUCUCUCUUCUCUUGCUCUUUCUGUUUUGACUCCCCAGUCACCAACACUGUAAGCAUGCCCCAUGGGACGAUCCACUUUUUUACUCUUGAAUAAAAUAUGCAUGAACCUUU